GGCCAGCCCUCGGCCCGUCUCUGAUAGGCAGCGGCUGGGCUAUUUCAUGAGUGACAGCUCGACGCCCCGCUCACAGGGGCGCGCUCCGGGAGCCAGUUUGAGGCUCUGGUUACCACCGCUAGCGUGUGGGGCUGCUGCCGGCCGCGGGAAGACGCGGCACUGAUGCGGCUGGGCGGUGGCUUAACUCGUCCUGCUCUCGGCCAGCCACUUGGGACAACUUAAUUUCCUCCAGGGCUGUUACUACGCUGGUGUUUGUUUGUGUUUCACGAAUGAGAAAUGCGAGCUGUGCAGUGUAAAGGAUGGGGCAGCGGAUAGCUUCAGGCUGAGGUUGUGAUCUUCUGACAGCAACUCCAGUCUCUGUGCCUGGGGGUUUGUGUAAGUGGAAUACAUUUACAGUGAUUCAGAUGGAUCAUCAUUAAAUACUAGACUGUAAGCUGAGUGAAGCCAGAAUCAAAAUGACUAAGUACAAACUUGUUCUGUUAAGACACGGAGAAGGAGCCUGGAACAAAGAGAACCGCUUUUGCAGCUGGGUGGAUCAGAAGCUGAGCAGCAAUGGAAUAAAGGAAGCUCAGAACUGUGGGAAACACCUCAAAGCGCUAGGUUUUCAGUUUGACCAUGUGUUUACAUCCAUCCUAAGCCGUUCUAUUCAGACUGCUUGGCUGGUGUUAGAAGAGAUGGGGCAAGAAUGGGUUCCCACCCAAAGUUCAUGGCGUCUGAACGAACGCCACUACGGUGCACUGAUAGGUCUCAACAGAGCAGAAAUGGCUCUGAACCAUGGUGAAGAGCAAGUGAAAAUAUGGAGAAGAAGCUAUGAUGUUACUCCACCUCCCAUAACUGAAUCUCAUCCUUACUACAAAGAGAUCUAUGAUGAUCGCAGAUAUAAAUGCUGUGAUGUGUCGCAGGACAAACUCCCAAAGGCUGAAAGCUUAAAAGAAGUUCUGGAGAGACUCAUUCCUUAUUGGAAUGAAAAGAUAGCACCAGAACUGAAAAGCGGCAAAAUGAUCCUUAUAUCUGCUCAUGGAAACAGCACUAGGGCACUGCUCAAGCAUCUGGAAGCUCCCAAGUUCCAUAGAGACGUCUCUCUGCAGUGUCCAGUCCCUCUUCCUGGACACUCACAAAAAGGUAUUGCGUUUGCUGCCUCCAAAGAGGGCCCAUCAGCCUGUCAGCGGCCAUUGUCUGUUUCCAGAGGCAGGCAGGCUUCCUGGAGAGACAGCAUCCCCUGUUGUUAUCGUUCAUGGGAAAUCUCUCCUGCACUUGCUAGUCUUCAUGGCUUUGUUUACCUUCUAUGCAUCUCCGAUGAGGAUAUAGUUAAUGUUACCCUCCCUACUGGCGUGCCUGUGCUCCUUGAACUCGAUGAGAAUCUGCGCCCUCUUGGCCAUCACCAGUUUCUAGGUGAUCAAGAGGCUGUCCAAGCUGCCAUCAGAAAAGUGGAAGAUCAAGGGAAAGUCCAACCUGUUGAGAAGAAAUAACGCUUCCAGAUGCUGCCCCCACUCGUGUGUGUGUGUGGUAAUAAGUAGUGCUUUGUGAGUGUUAAGUUGCACUUUGUGAGCUUGUUAAUUUUAAAUAUUAAUUAGGAGCGCUAGUUAUGCGUUCUGUUAGUAGAGCAGCCUUUCACCUUUGGUGACUAGAAUUCAAAUCCCAGUGUGGGUUACAGGUGAAGAGGAGGUGGCUGAUUUCAUCCUAAGCAGUAGUAAGGACACCAUAAAAUUGCAGAAAAAAGUCUGCCACAAAUCUUUGCUAAAGAAAGGCCCAAGCCAGCAAUAUGGUAGGAUAUAUUACAGGUCAGGUCAGGAUUAAGAAGUAUUGGCACAGCUCUGUGGGGAAAGCUUGCAUUGCAGAACACUUGGCUCCCAGUAACAUUUGAGGUCACUCACUUUCACAAGCCCUAAAUGCUCCCAGUUUGCAAAAAGUAAGUAUUAGGUAGUAAAGUGCCAGUUAGAUUGUUCUUUAUGGGGAGACCUGUUAAAAAGCCUGCCUGUAGCACUAGCGUAUACAUUACAGGCAGUUCUCUGGUCGUCUUAUUGCAGUGACGCUGCUGUGGUUGAGUGCAUUUUUGCUAGCAGCUCAUUUUAGAAGCACAAAAAAGUAUCUUGUGGCUUGACUCUUCCGGCUUGACUCUUCCAAGGCUAGUUUUUGUUCUAGAAGAAGCACAAUCCUACUAUCUACACAAGGGAGUGGGGUAUGCUUGGAAGAAGUCGCCUCUCUACCAUUCCCCCUUCACCUUGCUUUCAAAACCAGUUUUUAGGGCUAAAUUCUGCUAGGUUGCACCAGUGAUAGGUGAAGGAUGGCCCAGUGGUUGGGGCACUGGCCUGGGACGAGGGAAACCAGGUUCAACUCCCUGCUUUGCCACAGACUUUGUGUGACCUUGGACAAGUCACUUAGCCUCUCUGGGUAUGUUGACACAGCCCACAGCAGCAAGCCUUCUGUGUCAACAGACACAGGCUCAUGGGGCUCAUGCUAGUGCUCUAAAAAUAGUGCUGUAGACAGCACUUGGAAGGGGUGGCUUGGGCUCUGAAGACUUGGGAGAAGGGUUAGAGCGCUAGUGUGAGCCCCGCUAGGUUGAGUCUGUUGACCCAGGCUGGGAAGCUUGCUUCUGCAGGCUGUGUAAACAUACCUGUAGUGCCUCAGUUCCCAACUGUGAAAUGGGGCUCCUAGAGAGGAGACGACGGGCACCCCUGUGAUAAAACCACCCAUUGAAAGACACUCCUGCAACCAGGUUGCUCAUGGGAUAUGUACACAUGCAUGCACACCCAUGCAAACCUCGUGGGAUUUCACUGAUGUAAUUCAGCAGACUUUAGCCCUCAAAACAAGGAGCACAAAGAGGUUAGUGCAUGAACAGAACUUCAGACUUGUCAUGGACAUAGCCGUUAAUUAGAACAAGUAACCCGGAUAGGUUUCAAGCACUUAACAGGAUCUACAGGCUUGAUCCAACUCCCAUUAAAGUCACUGAUAACACUGACUUGAUUUGAAUAGGGCCUGAUCCAAACCUUUGAAAUUCCCCACUUUCACCACUCUGUGGCACUCCAGAUAAGGGCUAGAGAGUGGUCUCCACUGAACUCUUUACAAACAUUUUUUCAAGUGAGAUUACCACGGUGUUCCCAAAAUUAACUCCUUGCAAGAGCCAGUACUGGAGAGAUUGUAAUGGUGAGUAGUGUAUGUAUGUGCAGUGCUACUCCAGGAAAUAAAUAUAGCUGUUUCAUUGUGUGAUCCUGUAAACAGUAGAGAAUGUUAAAAUUUACUUCUGAAUUCAUUCCGGUGAACCUCUUAUCUCUACUACCCACUACAGUGUGUGGUGUCUUAAUUUCCUUUUUAAAAACCAAAAAACCCCAACUUUGUGCUUGGUUUUUUUUACAGGCACUCUUGUCAGGAAAUUAUGAGCCUUACUCUAGUUUCUCUUGUGCUAGUGUAAAACCGCUGUAGCUUAAAUCUGAAUCCAUCCCAGUAACUGAACUCUUUCAGUGGUCCAAAUUCUGCCCUCCGAUGCACAUAGCCCCCACUGACUUCAACGGAAAUUGCAUGUGCCAAUUUGAAGGCAGAAUUUUGCCCUUUGUUUUUCAGUGCAGCCAAGCUAUGACUGCGAGGGAACAACUGUGAAUUCCUUGAGUGCAAUGCCUGUAAAAAAUCUCACAUGGAGCUGUAUGCAGUGAGUGGCUUGUUUUUUAAUUGGAUUUUUAUAGGUUCAAGAAAAUGACUGCCUCCUGGCGAAUUGAGCAGCCUUGCACUUCUUUAGCACUCUGACUUUCUGAGCAUAGUAGUAGCUUGUGUCACUAAAGCAUGCUGAUUGUAACAGACCAUAUUGCUGGGUAUCUUUCCUUUACAUGAAUGGCAUUUGGACUCCUAGGUUUUUUGUUUGUUUCUAUUGCACUUGCAAAAGGGGGCUGGUGGCAGUCUCUCCUGUUUUUAAGAUAGUUUCUCUUUCUAAAAUAUGAAGUCAGUUUACUUUAAUCCUCAAAUGUAUUGUGCACUAGAUGAGAACCUCUAUACUUGUGACAUUGAUAAGCAACCUACAGCCUGAUGUAUGGUUUUUUUUGUAUAUAUUAUUCACCUGAAUAUGGUGUUUGAGUCAUAAAUGAUCUCCUCCUCCACGGUAGCAUCAGUACGUUGGCUGCCCAUCGGUGAAUGUUCACUUUCCAUAGCCAUACUGAAGAGCCCCAUCACUAAGAUGGCUUUUUCUUUGGUGUGACAAUUGACACUUGUGCUGGUAAAGACAUCCAUGAAGCAGCACUACCAUAGACUUCAGCAGGAGUGGAGUCCCUCAUCCAUAUGGUUUGAUAUGUACUUAGGGGUCUGAAUGUGGUGUGGGGGAGUGAAAAGAAAUACGGGUAAUCUAGUAUUUUUUGUAGAGAAUAAUUAGUAUAGUUUUGCAACCAAGACUACCGGCACCACAUGCUGCCCUCCGCUAUAUACACAUAACUCCCAUUGACCAACUGGGAUUCAUGGACAUGGAGCUGAGGCCAGAGCAUGGCUCUUGACUGUUUACCAUACUGCAAUGCCAAAGCAGUGCAACAUAGGAAUUUUUGAGAACUUGAGAUGCUGCAGCUACAGUGUAAUGCUCAGAAUGCUGAUAAAUAAGCCAGACUCUGCGGGCUUUUCAUAUAACACAAGGUCAGGGCUAGAUAUCUGUGUCUCAUGUUCUCCAGCAGAAGGGAAAGGAACACUGAUCUUAGGAACACCUGACCUUUAAGUAGAAGGGUUGGAGGGAAAGUGCUGAGUAAAUGUUCAGAAACCUUAGGUUCAGCAGCCAGCCAAGCGGGGCAAAUCGAAAAUGGUUUCAAAUGGAACUGUUUUUUGCAAUGCUCUUAACUCAAGAGGCAGUGGUAGUGCAGCAGGAAGUUGGACUGCAGUUGUUUGGGCUGAGACUCCAUUUGAUGACAAAGCAGCUCGCCAAGGUUCAGUACCCAUGCUCUUCAGCAUUGCCAGUGCAGGGAGUAACAGACCGAGACCUUGAUCUUCUCCUGGGGGCUAUAAAAUGCCCCUCAAUAGGGGGGAAAAAUUGGAGGCCCAAGCCAGGUGUUUCUGAGCACUUACCAGCACUGGUCUCUUGGCAUCCUUUGUAACUAUAUUAUUGACACCCAAUGGGGGGUGGGGUGCAUACUUGAGGACAGAAGCCAGCAUUCAUGGGGAAGGGGGCCUGAUCCACAGGCUCUGUUAUCUUACAGCAAAGGGAUGGAUGAGAAGCAGCCUAGUGACCCGUCUCAGUCCAUGAUUAGAAGAUGCAUUUUCCCUUGAUCGAGCUUCAGAGCUCUGGAAAUACAGCAUUUCCACAACUGACGACAUAGGCAUGGUUGGUUUGCUUAUGUGUUUAAAAUAUGUGGUUUGUUGUGUGAUCCUGUUGACAACACUUGUAAAUAUUUACUUGUAGAGUUAGCAAAUUCUUUAAAAUUCAAUAAACCAUCUAAAAUACAACUUUAAAA